CCUUGACCUUCGUCGUCGCCCGGCCAUUUUGUGCCAGUCUGUCAGAGGCUGCGGCUGCGGAGGGAGCCCCGGAGAGCGAGCUGCGAAGAUGCUGUCCGUGCGCGUUGCCGCGGCCGUGGCCCGCGCCCUCCCUCGGCGGGCAGGGCUGGUCUCCAAGAAUGCUUUGGGGUCAUCCUUCAUUGCUGCACGUAACCUCCAUGCCUCCAACACUCGCCUUCAGAAGACUGGCACUGCUGAGAUGUCCUCCAUUCUUGAAGAGAGGAUUCUUGGAGCUGAUACCUCUGUUGACCUUGAAGAGACUGGGCGUGUCUUAAGUAUUGGUGAUGGGAUUGCCAGAGUACAUGGACUGAGGAAUGUUCAAGCAGAAGAAAUGGUUGAGUUUUCUUCAGGCUUAAAGGGUAUGUCUCUGAACUUGGAACCAGACAAUGUUGGUGUUGUCGUGUUUGGGAAUGAUAAACUAAUUAAGGAAGGAGAUAUUGUGAAGAGAACAGGAGCCAUUGUGGACGUUCCAGUUGGUGAGGAGCUGUUGGGCCGUGUUGUAGAUGCCCUUGGUAAUCCCAUUGAUGGAAAGGGUCCAGUUGGUUCCAAGGUCCGUAGACGAGUGGGUCUGAAAGCUCCUGGAAUCAUUCCUAGGAUCUCUGUGCGAGAACCAAUGCAGACUGGCAUUAAGGCUGUGGAUAGCUUGGUGCCAAUUGGUCGUGGUCAGCGUGAGCUGAUUAUCGGUGACAGACAGACUGGCAAAACAUCCAUUGCUAUUGACACAAUCAUCAACCAGAAGCGAUUCAAUGAUGGCGCUGAUGAGAAGAAAAAGCUGUAUUGCAUCUAUGUUGCCAUUGGCCAGAAGCGCUCCACGGUGGCUCAGCUGGUGAAGAGACUAACAGAUACAGAUGCAAUGAAAUACACCAUUGUGGUGUCAGCUACUGCUUCUGAUGCUGCCCCACUCCAGUAUUUGGCUCCUUACUCUGGCUGCUCUAUGGGAGAGUAUUUCCGAGAUAAUGGCAAACAUGCUUUGAUCAUCUAUGAUGACUUAUCCAAACAGGCUGUGGCUUACCGUCAGAUGUCUCUGUUGCUCCGCCGGCCCCCUGGUCGUGAGGCCUAUCCUGGUGAUGUGUUCUACCUACACUCUCGGCUGCUGGAGAGAGCAGCCAAAAUGAAUGAUUCUUUUGGUGGAGGCUCCCUGACUGCCUUGCCAGUCAUAGAAACACAGGCUGGUGAUGUGUCUGCUUACAUUCCAACAAAUGUGAUUUCUAUCACUGAUGGACAGAUCUUCUUGGAAACAGAAUUGUUCUAUAAAGGUAUCCGCCCUGCCAUUAAUGUUGGCUUGUCUGUGUCCCGUGUUGGAUCUGCUGCCCAAACCAGGGCUAUGAAGCAGGUGGCAGGAACCAUGAAGCUGGAGUUGGCUCAGUAUCGUGAAGUUGCUGCUUUUGCCCAGUUUGGCUCUGAUCUUGAUGCUGCCACUCAGCAGCUCCUGAGUCGGGGUGUGCGUCUGACUGAGCUGUUGAAGCAAGGACAGUACUCUCCCAUGGCUAUUGAAGAACAGGUGGCUGUUAUCUAUGCGGGUGUGAGGGGCUUUCUUGACAAACUGGAGCCCAGCAAGAUAACAAAGUUUGAGAGUGCUUUCUUAUCUCAUGUCAUCAGCCAGCACAAAUCUCUGUUGGAAAAUAUCAGGGCUGAUGGGAAGAUCUCAGAACAGUCAGAUGCAAAGCUGAAAGAGAUUGUAACAAACUUCUUGGCUGGCUUUGAAGCAUAAACCCUGUUAACGGACACCAGAUAACCGCUUUGGUUUUGUCAUUUCUUCUCAUCAAAUCGGUUCCAUUUGUAAAGGAUUACUCGUAUUGCUGCUGUACAGACAGAAGUCACAUAAAAAAUAAAAGUUCCAUAUUGUG